UGCCACUGUAAUGCCACACAAGUAAACAGCAGACAGAUCCCGAGAACAAAACAUUCCAGUCUUGCUUAUUUUUCUGCUUACAGCACAAUGAGGAACGAAUUCUGCUCCUUAGCGUUUGCUCGGGCGGUGUUUGCAGAAUUUCUGGCCACUUUAAUAUUUGUCUUUUUUGGGGUAGGCUCUGCCCUGAAUUGGUCUUCUGCUCUGCCAACUGUUCUGCAGAUCUCCUUGGCCUUUGGCCUUGCCAUUGGUACCUUAGUACAAACAUUUGGACAUGUCAGUGGGGCCCAUAUAAACCCAGCAGUCACUGUAGCUUUCUUAUUGGGCUCCCAUAUUUCUAUUUUACGAGCCCUUUUCUAUAUAAUUGCACAGCUGGUAGGGGCAAUUGCAGGAGCUGGCAUCAUACAUGCAGUAGCGCCAGCGAAUGUCCGUGGAAAUCUGGCCAUUAAUGCGGUGAACUCGGGAACCCCAGGCUUGGCUCUUGUUGUGGAGCUAUUGCUGACCUUCCAGCUUGUACUCUGUAUCUUUGCAUCCACAGACGGCAGAAGGACUGACAAUGUUGGAUCACCAGCUUUGUCCAUUGGACUUUCAGUGACCCUGGGGCAUCUUUUGGGGAUCUAUUUCACAGGAUGUUCCAUGAACCCAGCCCGAUCCUUGGGACCAGCGGCUAUUACUGGAAUCUUCAAAGAUCAAUGGGUGUUUUGGAUUGGACCCCUUGUUGGCGGUGUUUUGGCCUCGCUCAUCUACAACUACGUCUUAUACCCGCACAGCAAGAGUUUGUCUGACCGGAUCGCCGUCUUGAAAGGAACCUAUGAGCCUGAGGAGGAAGCAUGGGACAACAAGCAAGAGCACAAGAGGCAAUCGGUGGAGCUGUACUCUGCUCACCCUCUCCCCAAGGGUACAGAGAAAUUCUAAACUCGAAGGACUUUAAACCAACCAACCCUAUUAUUUAUGCCUGCAAAACCUGAAGCUUUGAGCAAAGGAAGUUCAUAGAAUUAUUUGGUAUUAUCAGUUCUUUGCAAAACUGAAUACACUGUAAAUAUACUUA